AUGGCCGAUCAGGAGGACUAUUCUCGGCUUCCCGUCGAAGAAAAAAUCGUGCAUAAAGUAUGGAAAGUCAGGUUGGAAGGAUACACUGCUCUUAUUGAGCAGUUUGACAAUUCGAGAGACUGCAAUGAUUCUGUUUUUGCGCCGUUCAACCAGAGGCCAGAGUCGCUUAAGGCCAUAGUUACCGAUUCCAACGUUGUUGCGCAGGAAACGGGAAUCCUCGUGCUCUGUAAAUUCUUGGAACUUGGUGGAACAGCAACUAACGUGCUGAGAUUGAAAGCAGCAGGCAUCAUCAAUGCCCUUUGUGAAAAGGGUUUAUCGUCUAGUCGAGCAGGAACAAAGACAAAAUCCGUGGAGGCGCUUCUAUCUUUCGUGGAGCUUUUCAAUUCUGCGGAGCCUGUUUUGGAAGUAGUGUCUCCAUACUAUGAAAACCGAUUACCCAAGUUGGUAGCGGGCUGUGUUAAUGCUGUGUAUCAAAUGGUGGAAAACUUUGGCUGUUCUGUGGUUCCGGCAAAGUUGGUUAUUCCUAGUUUGGCCAAGCUUUUUGGCCAUGCUGAUCGGAAUGUUAGGGCUGAAACAACUAAAUUGACUGUGGAGUUGUACAAGUGGCUAGGCGAAGGGCUCACCACUCUUUUAUUUCCCAACCUUAAACCUGUUCAGCAACGUGACUUGACUGCAGAAUUCGAAAAGGUGAAGGGUGAAAAGCCCGAACAGAAACGAUUAACAAGGUCUCAGCAGCAAGAACUUGCUACAAAACAGAAUGAACCCGAAGGAGCUGAAGACAUUGAAAUGGCUGAUGCAAAAGAGGACGAAAACGUGCCUUUCGAUCCAUAUCUGAUGAUGGAUCCAGUGGAAGUUCUUUCAAAAUUGCCUGCAGAUUUGAAUGCAAGAAUGGCUUCUGCCAAGUGGAAAGACAGGAAGGAAGCCUUGGAUGAAGUAUACGAAGUUCUUUCCAAGGCACCAAAACUAGUGGAAGCCGACUACAGCGAUCUUGUGAGGAUUUUUGCAAAGUGCAUGAAGGAUGCCAACAUUCAGGUCGUUCAGCUAGCUGCAAACGGUGUUGAAUUUUUAUCCAAAGGUUUGAAAGAAGGCUUCCACAAGUAUCAGCAUUUGGUUGUUGGUCCGAUGAUCGAGCGGACAAAAGAAAAAAAACCUGCCGUUGCCGAAGCUUUGGCUAAUGCUUUGGAUUCCAUCUACGAGAAUUCCUCACUAGGUGAUGUUUUAGACGACAUCCUCGUUGGCAUGAAGCACAAGACACCCCAAGUGAAAAUAUCAUCCACAAAUUAUCUUCAGAGAUGUCUUGCUUCAGCCAAAGUCCCGCCAAAAAAUGUGCAAAUAGACUCUAUCAUGGAAAUCGGUGUUAAACUCUUGAGUGAUUCUCAGGAGCCAAUUAGACAAGCUGCUACAGAAAUGAUUGGAACGCUUAUGAAAAUUACAAGUGAAAGGGAACUUAAAGCAUUCUUAGACAAGGUUGAUGACAACAGAAAGGCAAAAGUGCACGAGGCCUACGAGAAAGCAGAGGUCAAGUGCAAAGCAACAAAUGUCGCUAGAGCAUCUACAGCUAGUAACUCUGCCAAACCCUCUUCGCGAACUGUUAGCUUGCAGGGCCCCACUCCUUCUCUUAAGAAAAGAAGCGAACCGCCAUCCAUUCCUAGCAAGAGAAGUGCUACUUCUCCCGCAAAAGGAGGAGCUGCCAACACUAAAAUUGCGUCGUCGGUCCGUAGCUUCACUGGAAGACAGCUUAUUUCGCCAUCUACAAGAGGUCCACAAGUGCCAGAUGCCCCUGUGCCUACAGUUGGCUCGGCUGAAAGAGAAGAACUUGAAAAACUCCGGAAAGAAGUCGCCAGUUUACGAGCAGAAAACGAACAGCUUCAGAAAGUGCAGUUUUCUCUUACUGAAGAGCAGUUAAGGCUGAAGCAAGAAGCCGAGCAGCUCCGUGCACAAAUGGAACAGUCGCAGAAGGAAUCUGUAACCAGUAAUUUAAUGGUGAAACAAAAAGAUACUCAAAUUCUCCGGUUGAACAGCGACUUGGAAAAUGCCAAGUUGAAAAUUAAAAGUUUGGAGCAAACAGUGGAGAUGUUAAAGCUCCAGCAAAGUACACUGCAAACUGACCCAUUGCUUCAGUCUCUUGAUUCGGAGAGAAUCCCGUCUUAUCGGUCACCCGAGAGAAGAGAAAUACCCCGGAUUACACUGAGUGAGCUUAGUUCCCGGGUAAAUCGUCUUUCCAUUGAUGGCAAAUUUGGUCAUGAAGUGCCAGAUCUUGCCCCAACUUCUGAGCUUGCUUCACCUACUUUCCGAUCUCCACGAAACCCGGCCAGCUUGCAUACUACAGUAGAGAGAGAGACAGGUUCCGAGGAAGAGAACUGGAAAAAAGCUGCAGAGGUUACUGCACAACUCAAAGCUCGAAUUGAAAAAAUGAAGCAGAGAAACAGACUUUCUUUGAACCGAUGA